AGACAGUAGAAGUCUUUGAACGCACCACGAGAGCUGCGGAGCGGAAUGAACGCUAGGCCUGAAGUGCUCUCCGUUUGUGUUUGUGCACAGUCAAGUCGUUAACGAAGACCGGUUAGAACCGACGGAGAGAGAGCUUCAACUGCAAGGACACACACACAGAGACAGACAGACAGACAGUGAGCUGCACACACACCCAGCUGCACACAUCUGCCCGGUAUGUCCGUUGUCUGUGCGCUGAGGUCCCGCUGCUUCCCCCGGCAGGUGCUGCUCGGCCUGUCCGCCGCCAUGAGCCGCAGCUACAGCCUGGACGUCUCCGCUCCGCUGCUCCGGACGCAGGGAUACGUGGACGGCCGCUGGGUUUCCGCAGCCUCCGUGUUCCCCGUGCUGGACCCAGCCACCGGGCAGGAGAUCGCCCGGGUGGCGGACUGUGGCCCCACCGAGGCCAAGCAGGCGGUGGACGCUGCAUACAAAGCGUUUCACUCCUGGAAGCAGUACACCGCCAAGGAGAGGAGCGUCCUGCUCAGGAAGUGGUUCGACCUGCUGACGCUGCACAAAGACGACCUCGCCAAGUUGAUCACCUUCGAAUGUGGUAAGCCGUUGCGUGAGUCUCUGGGUGAGAUUGCGUACUCGGCCUCCUUCCUCGACUGGUUCUCUGAGGAAGCUCGCAGAGUUUACGGUGACAUCGUUCCGUCUCCGGCCAAAGACAGGAAGAUCCUCCUGCUCAAGCAGCCGGUGGGCGUGGCCUCCAUCAUCACGCCGUGGAACUUCCCCAGCGCCAUGAUCACCAGGAAGGUUGGAGCUGCUCUGGCCGCCGGCUGCACGGUGGUGGUGAAACCAGCCGAGGACACGCCGCUGUCGGCUCUGGCUCUGGCAGAGCUGGCGGAGCAGGCGGGGAUCCCAGCCGGGGUGUUUAACGUGGUUCCCUGCUCCAGAGAGACGACCCCGGCAGUGGGGCAGGUCCUCUGCACCGACCCCCUGGUGGCCAAAAUCUCCUUCACCGGAUCCACGGCCACCGGAAAGGUGUUGCUGAAAAUGGCCGCCGACACGGUGAAGAAGGCGUCCAUGGAGCUGGGAGGCCACGCCCCUUUCAUUGUGUUCGACAGCGCUGACAUCGACAAGGCGGUGGGCGGAGCCAUGGCGUCCAAGUUCAGAAACUCCGGACAGACGUGUGUUUGUUCCAACCGCUUCCUGGUGCAGAGCGGAAUCUAUGACCGCUUCGUGGAAAGGUUGGGCCGAGCGAUGGACGGCGAGCUGCGUCUGGGUCAUGGCUCGGAGCCCGAAACCACCCAGGGGCCGCUGAUCAACACCAGAGCUGCAGAGAAGGUGGUCCAUCAGAUUACGGACGCUGUAUCCCUCGGGGCGAAGGUUCUGAGGGGAGGGAAGCGUCUGCACGGCUCUUUUAUGGAACCGACUCUGCUGUCUGACGUCACCACAGACAUGCUGUGUACGAAGGAGGAAACGUUCGGACCGCUGCUGCCCGUCAUCAGGUUUAACACAGAAGAAGAAGCUCUGGCUAUUGCAAACGCAUCCAACGUUGGAUUAGCAGGUUACUUCUACUCUCAGGAUGUGAGUCAGAUCUGGCGGGUGGCGGAGGCGUUGGAGGUGGGGAUAGUCGGCGUCAACGAGGGACUUCUGUCCACACCUGAGGCCACCUUCGGUGGCGUCAAACAGUCCGGUUUGGGCCGCGAGGGCUCCAAGUAUGGCAUCGAUGAGUAUCUGGAGGUCAAGUACAUGUGCUUUGGAGGCCUGAAGCCCUGAGCGAGGACGAAGCGACGCCUUGGGGCCGCCGGUACGACAACACAGUGAAAUUAAUAACAUCUCAGGUUCUAAUUAAACUCCCUCAUAACAGAAUAUAAAAUAAAAGAUUAGCACUGAUAAUUUGAGGAAUCUGCCCAAAUAACUUUAAACAAACCUGAAAUGAGAUGUUAAACAAGGUCCUCUUAAUUUCUUUUUGUUGUUUUUAUAUACCAGAUAUAUUGCAAUGUUUUACUGUAUAAAAACACAAUAAGAUACUCGGAGAAGAGAUACAAAGUUUGUUUAAACUUUAUUGUAAGUUCACAGACAGUUUUUUUUAACUUUUAAAUCAGAAAACUGGUGAAUUUGUCCUCGAUAACUGUCUCAGCUCAGAAUUGCUAAACUAUGAUUGGACAGUGACUAUUUGGGGAGGGGCUUACAAAACAGUCAGAACAUAACGAACAACCUGCAGCCAAUCAGAAUCCAGUUUUCUGUUACUAUAGGUGAUAACUGUCACUGAAACAUGAAUUCAUGCUAUUUCUUCACAAAGGUGCAAGUCAGUAAAAAAAAAAAACAGUGAGAAUAAAGCAGAUAAACUGUGAACAGGAGGACAUGUCAAAUUAAAAAAAAAAAGAAAAUACUCGUUAAUUUGAAAGUUCUCAUUCAUAUUUGUUUUGACCAAGCUUUUCCUGCACAAAACUCUCUCCUGAAUUGAUUUGAUGCCUAUCAGUGACAAAAGUACUUAGAUUUUCUGACAUAAUCAAACCAUGGGGACACUUGUUAUAAAUUGGCUUUUAAAAUAACAAUAUUAAUCCAUUUUUUAUCCUUGAACACCUAAAACGUGCUCAUAAAUAAAAUGAAGGAGAAACAGGGUUCAACAUGUCUGCAUGCACCUAAUGUAGAGGAAGAAAAAAAAACACUACCAGAAAUGUGUUAAUUAUUGCAACAUAAUUCUAAUAAGUUCUUGUUGCUGUGUUGAUAAAUGUUGAUCUGAAUGCUGGUUAAAGCACGAGACUGUUUUUUUAAGUGUCUAUCGGAAAGCAGUUCAAUCAUAAGUGCCAAAUGACUGAUUUUAUUACUUGGUGACAAACAACGAGACUGUAUUUUUACUAAACAGUAAUUAGUACUAAUUAUACUGUUCUGUGGAGGUUGCUUCUAGAUGAUUUGACCGUUGUUGAUACGAGAUGCUUACAAGUGCAGAGAUUAAAUUAAAGUAUUUUCAAUGGCUGCAUUUUGCCAUCAGAAGCCACUUUCCAAUGAGAAACUGAAGCUGCUAUAUCACUCUGUUCAGAGCCACCAGCCUCCACUGACAAAAAACAGUAAUUUAACCUCAUAACCUGCCUCAAUUGAUCAGUUUCUUUGUGUUUUAACAUGCAAGUUUGGAUCCAAUGCAGCUGCUCUUAAGUAAUCUUUGGAUUUCUGGUGGUUUUCAGUGUAUAAUUUUUAAAUUGGUCAGUUAAUUUGGUGUACGAUUUAGUAUUUUAGGGUCUAACAUUAAUAUUUAACCUGUUAGGUAAAUUUAGGCCCAAUGUGUGCUUUAAAUGUGCUUUAUAAAUAACAAUGACUUGACUAAAGUCAGCAAUAGCAGAAAAACUGAUCGAUCACGGCAGCAUUAAGCAACAACCUCAGUACGUAAAUUUCUGUUUGUUGUGAAUGGAGUGUGUUGGCUUUUAGGAAAGCGAUAUAACAGCUUUAGUUGUCCAACAGUAAAGUAAAGCAAUGGAAAUGCUCUAAACAGAGUACUAUUAAACUGAAUGACUGAUUUGUGUUGUAAAUGUGGGAAAAUAUAUUUUGGUGCUUAGUGUCUUCAAACUGGGGACCAUCACCUACUGAAAGUAACCCCAACUAUAGAUAAAGAAAAAGUGAAAAUAAUUGAUGUGAAAAUGUCAUGGCAACAAGUCCUUAGCCUCAAAGCUUACUUAAGUCAUCCUGCACUUUAGGGGUUUUAACUGAAGCGCAAAGAAAUUCAAAUUGGUAAAAGUACUUAAGCUCAACUGUAGAAGUCAUACUGAAUGAAAAUGUAUUUAACGUAACUUGCACUCAUGUCAAACCAACAAUCAAAUCAAGCCCUUUGGUAACUAAUUCCACUAUAAACAGAUUUGCUCGUAAUAGCAGUGAUGUCUAUCAGUAUGUUGUUUAGCAGAUUGUGUUUCUAAUAUAUUUAAUUGUAAUAUACCAUUGUAGUCAAUACAUUGAUUUUUGUAUCUUUGACUGUAGAUUUUAAUGGAAAAAUAAAGAUUUUAAUAUUA